AGAGCCGGCAGCGGAGGAGAUCGCGCGCCGGUGAGGCUUCCCUGGAGGGCGCCCGAGGCUCAUCUGCGCCUGCGCCCCGCGCGCGAAGGAAAGAAGGACCGGGGGCGCUGGAGGGACCCAGACUGGAUCAGUGAAAAAUCGGUGGUGGACAACCACAAGAGGAGGCAUGAAAAUCAUCCAGCUGUUCUCUGGCCCAUCCCUGGCAGGAUCAGUUGCCCUAAGACACCUUAAUCCGUGGACGGGCCCCAGCAGAACUAGCUGGGUAGGUCGAGGAAAGAGCCUAGCGUUCCAGAGGGGCUCGUGGCAGCUGCUGGGCUGCCUGGGAUGGAAACAGCAGUGUGGGAUGCUGAGACUAUUCGGUUCCUCCCUCCCCAAACUCAAAUCAAAUGACUGGACCCAGAAGAGAGUAAACAGCAGCUCCCCGGAGCUUGGUGAAUCAUGGUCUCCGUCCCAGCCGGACACGAGUGGAAAUGAAGAAGAAGAGACCUUUGGGACCCUGUCUGACAAAUACUCCUCCAGAACGAUGUUUCGUAAAACCUCGGCAGACUCUCACAACUUAAGGCUUCAAGAAUUUGAGGAUGAGGAAGAUAAGAUGCUGAAGAAGCGUUGGAAGGGUCCCCGGAACACCCCUCACUGGUAUUUCUUUCAGUGCAAGAGGCUGAUAAAGGAGGACAAGUUGGCUGAGGCCCUAGAUCUGUUCGAGAGGCAGAUGCUGAAGGAAGAAUGUCUCCAACCCAUCGAAUGUAACUAUACCGUGCUGAUGGGAGGCUGUGGUCGGGUAGGCUACCUGAAGAAAGCCUUUAAGCUCUACAAUGAUAUGAAGAAACGGGAUCUGGAGCCCACUGAUGCCACUUACACAGCCCUUUUUAAUGCCUGUGCCGAAUCACCGUGGAAGGACUCUGGCCUACAGAGUGCCCUAAAGCUUCAGCAACAGCUCCGGGCCAAAAACAUCGAACUGAACUUGAAAUCCUAUCAUGCACUACUGAAAGCUGCUGCCCUCUGUGCCGACACCAGGAUGUGUUUUGAGGUCUUCAAGGAAAUUGUACUCAAAGGCCAUGCUGUCACCAAAGAGACUUUCAAUUUUCUGCUCAUGGGCUGCAUACAAGACAAGAAGACAGGCUUCAGAUACGCCUUGCAGGUUUGGAGACAGAUGUUGAAAAUGGGGCUUGAGCCUAAUGUUCACAGUUACAAUCUGAUGCUGUGUGCGGCACGGGACUGUGACCUAGGGGACCCCGCAGUGGCUUCAGAUUUGCUUCUGAGGAGUGAAGAGAAGCCAGCCCUGCUCCAGUUGAAGGCAGGCAAGCAGCACAAAAGGAAGAAAAUACGGGAACAGAAAGCCACCUCAGCCAAGCUGGAUGUGGACUCCCUGGAGAGGCAGCUAUUCCAGGAAAUUUCCAGGGAGGCCCAGGAUCCUCCAAGCAUCCAGAAAGCCAGAGAGGCCAAUGAAGUUCAGCCUGAGCUACAAGAUAACAAAGGAGGAUUUGAUUCCAAACCUGCUGAUACUCUGGUAGUAUUAAACCAAAGUUUGAGUAGGCUGGAGCCUGUGAAAGCUGAUGUUGCCCAAUUUUCAGAACCUGUUUGCCCUGUGCCAAACUUGCUGGAUCUCAGGGUAUCUCACAUGAAUGUGGUUUCUUUAGGGACUGUUGCUAGUCCGGCUGACAGGUUGGCUUUAAUGGGUGACAUGGAUGGCUUCCUGAGUAAGAUGAAGGAGGACCACAUAGAGCCUAAUAUCAAAACUCUGACCCUGUUGGCUGAGAUUGUCAGGCCAAACAGUCCAUCAGAGUCCUCAUUGCUGGCUGUUCUUGAUAAGCACAAAGUGCAAGCUGAUAUUACAUUUUUCAACGCAUUGGUGAGGAAGAAGAGCAAAUCAGGGGACCUACAAGGGGCAAAGAAGCUGCUUCCCGUCUUGGCGAUGAGAGGAAUCAUCCCUAACAUGCAGACAUUUUGUAACUUGGCUAUAGGCUGCCUCGAGAAAAAAUAUGCAAUACAGCUGCUCUCAGACAUGAAGAGAUGCAAGAUGAUCCCCAACACCUACAUCUAUAGCACCCUCAUCAAUAUAGCUGUGAAGAAACUGGACUACACUUAUCUCAUAGACAUUCUUCAGAACAUGAAGAAGAACGCCGUCCCUGUGAAUGAAGUCAUAAUCCGACAGCUGGAGUUUGUGGCUACAUACCCUCCUACAUUUGACAGGUACAAAGGAAAGAAUACCUACUUGAAAAGGAUCGAUGGCUUUCGAGCUUACUACAAGCAGUGGCUGAAAGUGAUGUCUGCAGAAGAAACUCCCCAUCCCUGGCAAAAAUAUAGGACAAAACCUAAGAGUGACGAAGUUAGCGAGGAAGACACUAAAGCAACCAAAGACGUCGGAGGCCAGCAAGAACAGACACUAUGAUGAUCUUCUUCAGAGAACUGACAACAUAGACCAACUUUGGGACAUGUUGCAAUAACACAGAAAUCCCAAAUUGUUAGAUGGUUAGUUGUCCACAAAGGAGACGUAAAGAAGUGGAAGCAACAUUGGUUCAGGUGUCUGAUAGUCAUGGCACUUUAACCAUGCCCAGUAUUCAUUACUGGCCAGAAUAUAACUGGGGUCUUAGUGCAUUUUAGAAUGCUUUCAAUAGACUUUGUUAUAUACCAGCUGGUUGUACCAGCUUUUGUUUCCUGAAUUACUAGCCUCACAAGGUCUUUGCCAGUUUUUGUAACAGUGCACCAAGAAAAUGUCUAGAGGGUAGUCAGGAUGGUGAUGGGCCUCAUGUUCAGAUAGAGGGAGUUAGACUGUUUAACCCAGAGAACACCUGGGCAGAGGAAACCACAUGAUGGCAAUUUCCCAAGUAUUUGAAGGGAUGGCAUGUGGAAGAGGGAUUAGAUUUGUUGUUCUUGGGCCCUAAGGGACAGAUCUAAAGAUAAUGGGUUAAAGUUGAAAAGACAAUUUUAAAUUUGAGGAGAAACAUCAAAUAAUGCACAAUAUUUAGAAGUGGAUUGGAGGCCAUCAGGAAGUAGUGGGUUCUCCUUCAUUGGGGGUCUUCAUACACAAGCUGGCAUGUUAGAGAGAAUGGCUGCUCUGAGGUCCCUUCCAAGUCUGCAAAUCCUGGGAUGAUAGCUUCAUUAUCUUCAAAUUAUAGGAUAUCUCUAUACUGAGGUGUCUAGAAUAAUGUUAUGCACUCUUAUCUUAAGAAUCAAAAGAGAUGAGUUGGAAUGUUGCCUUUCAAUUAUUAGUUCUGUGGCAAGGCCUUCCCGAAUUCUUCCUAUUUAUAUUAGAAGCCAUAUAGCAUAGUAGGAAACUGUCCGUGGAGCUAGGCAUACCCAACCUCAGGUGCCAGCUGUGCACAUCAGGUACUAGAUUAGAAGAGCCUCUGAAGUCCCUUCCAACUCUAGUUCUGUGAACCUGUUUACUCAUCUAUAAAAUGGAAAUAUUUGCACUAGCUAACCCUACAGGGCCAUGAGGAAUACACAAAGUUUUAUAUGACUCUCUUUAUGUGUAUAAAAAGGGUUAAUCCAUAUUUAUGAUGAGGAAAAUCUCAUCUAUAUUUUAAUAUUAUUGUGUUGUAUACAAACUACAGCAUGAGUUACCAAUGGUUAAAGGUUUUAUUUUUAAAUCACAGAUAAUUACAGCUGAUUAACACAGUCUUUCAUUUGCCACCAUGCUCCAGUCACAGGUUGUAGCUUUGGAGAGCAAGAGUUAUCCAGGGAAAAGUGUUCCACUUUUAACAGCUACCCAUGGAGAGGAACAAUAAAAAUAAGCCAGAAUGGAA